AUGGCUUCGGGGCAACAUCGCCACGAUGAGCUCUUUCCCUGCUCGCGCGAGGGCGACUGCACGGGUUGCACCUUCGGUCCUGAUGGACGGCUCCUCAUCGGGGGCCUGUCCAUCGAUGGAUCCGCGGCAGGAGAAGCAGGAUGGGCUUCCAUCGACGUCAAGCCUAGCAGCCACGCCUUUCAACCUUGCCUGCCGCGAGAUGGUCCAUCUACCUUUGGAAAGGACGUGGCGAGGGACUCUUCUCUGACCACCACUACCACCGCCAACGAUGAGAAGGACAGCAGCAUUGCUCGGGUGGCAUCGCGCUGGACCUCUCGUCUCUCGCCACGCAAGCGCGACAAGAUGUCAGAGAAGGCGGCUCCCCUCCCGCAGCUCACCCUCGCGGACAUCGUCGAGGGCAGAACAUGUCGUCCUAUCGCCCUUGUUGACCUGCGAUCGUACCUCGCCAACCGCAGGGAGCAGGAGCGUGGACAGAGUAGUGGGCUUGACGACUUCUUCGCGGGUAUCGUAGCCUCACAGUCAGCACGCGACCUCGAUGCUGUCAACUUUGUCGUCAGCUAUGAUCGUUGCGUACGGGCUUAUCGCUCGGGAGAGGGAAGCAUCGAGACACUGCGACGAAUCCUCGUUACGUACGUAGGCGGUAGCAGUGAUGAGAAGGUCGCCACCUCGCGCGCAUCUUCACGGUCCCGCCGACUCGACUGGAUGGUCGACUUGGGGCUUCUCAGCGAGGAUGCUGUUCGUCAUUCCCUCAACGAGGCAGAACGCAGCUCCCACCCUUCUGCCCUCCUUCCACUAGUCAACGCCGUCUCAUCCUACAUCGAUUCGCACGUCAUGCCCGACUUUAUGGAGGCGGCCUCGCAAAACCUCUCGAAGCGCACAUCACGCGGUCGACUCGCAGUAGGAAUUGUAGCCACGGCCCUCGCCAUCCUCUUCAGCGUGCUCCUCGCCGUCGAGCCUAGCCCACUAGCAGGAGGGAAGCAGCACAUCUCAAGAUGGUGGCGCGUCCUUACUUUCCCGCUAUGGGCGAUGGGCUUCGGCUACAUGCUUGCGGCGUGGACGGGCGUCUGCGUGUGGCUGAGCUUGAGGGGUAAUCGCGAGCGCAGGGAGGAGGAGUGGGCUACGCCUAGGCCAAGCAUGGAGGCGUCGGCGGAUGAGGGGAACCUGGCGGAGGUGGACCGAUCUGCUUGGUUCGUCGCGCCAGAGGUGCGCCGCAUUCUUCCUUUCCUACCCAAGACGCUCGGCCGUACGAACAAAGACGAAGACGCGACUAGUGCUCCGCCACCAGCGCCACCAGCACCAGCACCAGUAUCAGCGUCAGCAGCACCGGCACUCGCAGCGGGGCCGGCUCCGCCUCUCUUACGCCCUUCUACCUCUCGUCCCCUCGCCGAGCCUCGCACAAGCAACGCCGCAGCAGCAGCAAUGGACGGCGGGGCCGGCAGCUGGACACCCCCCAGCACGGCCCCUGUCCUAGUCAGCAAGAAGGUCUCAGUCCUCCCCGGCGUCCAAGUGGGGAUGCGUACCGUCCAACCUCCCGUAGCGAUGAGCAGCAUGUCCACCUCCACCUCACUCCCGCGCCUCUCCACUGUCACGGGACCCUCGCCCUCUCACAUCGAGAAGGGUCGUACUGGUCGCCGUCACGAGCGCAUCUGGCAUACGGUACAGCGUUGGACUGGCUUUGCAGUUGGUACGGAGAGAGUGAGGGACAAGAAGGUCAGGCAGAUUCAUCAGUGGAGGGCUUUCAAGGCUGUUGCGCUCGACGGAGCGCUGGCCCUCAUAGCGACCAUUGUUGUCGUGGCCGUGCCGUAG